AUGUUUAAGUUAGGUAAAUGCAGUCAUAUUGCACGCUGGUCGGAUAGUGAGUGCUUCACUACAUGCAAGGAUAGUGACUGCUUCACUACAGCCAAGGAUAGUGAGUGCUUCACUACAUGCAAGGAUAGUGACUGCUUCACUACAGCCAAGGAUAGUGACUGUUUCACUACAGUCAAGGAUAGUGACUGCUUCACUACAGCCAAGGAUAGUGACUGCUUCACUACAGCCAAGGAUAGUGACUGCUUCACUACAACCAAGGAGAGUGACUGUUUCACUACAGUCAAGGAUAGUGACUGCUUCAAUACAGCCAAGGAUAGUGACUGCUUCACUACAGCCAAGGAUAGUGACUGUUUCACUACACCCAAGUAUAGUGACUGCUUCACUACAGCCAAGGAUAGUGACUGUUUCACUACAGUCAAGGAUAGUGACUGCUUCACUACAGCCAAGGAUAGUGACUGCUUCACAACAGCCAAGGAUAGUGACUGCUUCACUACAGCCAAGGAGAGUGACUGUUUCACUACAGCCAAGGAUAGUGACUGCUUCACUACAGCCAAGGAUAGUGACUGCUUCACUACAGCCAAGAAUAGUGACUGCUUCACUACAGCCAAGGAUAGUGACUGCUUCACUACACCCAAGGAUGAUGACUGCUUCACUACAGCCAAGGAUAGUGACUGCUUCACUACAGCCAAGGAUAGUGACUGCUUCACUACAGCCAAGGAUAGUGACUGCUUCACUACAGCCAAGGAUAGUGACUGCUUCACUACAGCCAAGGAUAGUGACUGUUUCACAACAGCCAAGGAGAGUGACUGCUUCACUACAUGCAAGGAUAGUGACUACUUCACUACAGCCAAGGAUAGUGACUGCUUCACUACAGCCAAGGAUAGUGACUGCUUCACUACAGCCAAGGAUAGUGACUGCUUCACUACAGCCAAGGAUAGUGCCUGCUUCACAACAGCCAAGGAGAGUGACUGCUUCACUACAUGCAAGGAUAGUGACUGUUUCACUACACCCAAGUAUAGUGACUGCUUCACUACAGCCAAGGAUAGUGACUGCUUCACUACAGCCAAGGAUAGUGAUUGCUUCACUACAGCCAAGGAUAGUGACUGCUUCACAACAGCCAAGGAGAGUGACUGUUUCACUACCUCUAAGAAUAGUGACUGCUUCACUACCCCUAAGAAUAGUGACUGCUUCACUACCUCUAAGAAUAGUGACUGCUUCACUACCUCUAAGAAUAGUGACUGCUUCACUACCUCUAAGAAUAGUGACUGCUUCACUACCUCUAAGAAUAGUGACUACCUCACUACCCCUAAGAAUAGUGACUGCUUCACUACCUCUAAGAAUAGUGACUACCUCACUACCCCUAAGAAUAGUGACUGCUUCACUACCUCUAAGAAUAGUGACUGCCUCGCCAGAGCUAACCCCAACCAGCAGUAUGAAUUAACAUAG